GAUAUUAUAUUGUCAAUGGAAGUAUUGCAACCCCGUUCAAAUCUAAAGAAGUUGUUCGUGUAUUAUUAUGGUGGUGUGAGGUUUGCGAGUUGGUUUUCUUCUCUCAUAAAUCUUGUUGAUCUCAGAUUGACUGGGUGUCAUAGAUGUCAACAUCUUCCACCCUUGGAUCAUUUCCCAUCCCUUAAGUCUCUUCAACUUGAAGGGUUUGAGAAAUUGAAGUACAUAUCAGACAAUACCAGCAGCAGUAAUAGUAUGAGUGAUGAGAUGAUGACGUCCCUGGAGUUCCUCAGGGUUGUAAAUUGCCCUGUUCUGAAGGGAUGGUGGAGGGCGCACACUCAUAACAGUGCUUCUUCUCCUUCAUCAACGGAAAAUCUGUCGUUGCCUUCUUUUCCCUGUCUUUCUACAUUUUGGAUCUGGGAUUGUCCUAAUCUAACUUCCAUGCCUCUAUAUCCAAAUGUGGAGACAAUAUCUCUCUAUAAGAGCAGCUGGAAGGUUGUUGAUUCCUUGUUUGGUAGAGGAGCAUCUGAUAUUACACAUGAUGUUGGUGUUGUUGUCUCUGCCUCUUCUUCUUCCGCUCAUCUCUCCAAAUUAACACAUCUGUCACUAGUUAAAAUUGAGGAUUUGGAAUGUAUAACGUCUCAAGGAAUGGGCAACGUCCCAUCACUCCAAUCGCUUUACAUUGCCAGUUGCCCAAAUUUGGCAUUACUACCAUAUCAUGGGAUGGGCAACCUCGCAUCCUUUCGGGAGCUUACAGUUAGAAAUUGCUCCAAUUUGACAUCAAUGUUAGAAGGGAUCGCCAAUCUUACAUCACUUCAGAAGCUUACAAUUGGAGAUUGCUCUAAUCUGACAUUACUGCCAGAAGUGGUCGUCAACCUCCCAUCACUCCAAUCGCUUACGAUUGGAUCUUUCCCAAAGUUGGUAUCACUACUGGAAGAAAUAAGCAAUCUCACGUCACUGCAGCACCUUGCAAGAAUUUUGCCCUAAUUUGGCAUCACUGCCAGAAGGGAUUCGUCGACUCCCCAACUUAAAUAGAUUGGAAAUUUCGUAUUGCGACAUGUUAAGCGAAAGAUGCAAGAAAGAAACAGGUGAGGAUUGGCCUAAGAUUGCUCACAUCCCAUCCAUUUCUAAUAUUUAUUAAGAUGACAUACCAUAUGGUCAAAGAUUUUAUCCACACUUUUGCUUUCUCGUUGAGCAACACUGAUUCCAAAGCAAAGAAGUGCUGAAACCAAGGACGGUUUAAGCGUUUAGAUGGAAUUGAAGCUACCAAGUAACCGGCCAGAUGACAAUUUUACUGAUUCAAAGAAGAAACAGAUGGGAUGAAGGAAUCGAAUAACCAUAGAGCUUUUGCUUAUACACGUGCCUCAUUUCUGCGAAUGCGAUAAACGAAGAACGGGUUUGAGUUUCCACCAUAAAAUUAACUGACACUAUAGGAAGUAGCCACCCAUGCAAGUUGGAUGGUCGCGUAUUUUAUACACAAUGUUCGUGUUGAGCUUCAACAGCGGAUCAAAUGUCUCAGUGUUGCAUGGAAGCGUGAGAGGACAUCUUAAACUCUGCAGCGGAUCAAAUGUACUCUUGCUCCGAGCAAACAAUUCAGACGAAAGUUGGCUACUUACUGGGUUUGGAAUGUGAAGGACUAAUAGAAGUCGUGUUUGUUAGUGCAAUUUCUGUCUGGUUUGAGAUGUGAAGGACUAAUGAGAUUGCUUUGGUGGGGAGUGUUUCCCCAUAACUGAUUUGUGAGUAAAAUAUUGAAUCUCUCGACGCCUGAUUAGUGAAAAGCCUUACUUUGAUAGCUCCUUCUGAUUUUUUUCAACAUACCACUAAGUCGAUUGUUUCAGAAUUUGAAUAUAUAGCUCACAAUAUGGUGCUCCCUGAUCUGAAGUUUUCAGGUUCUGUUGAAAUUUAUUUUCUUGAAAACUAACUAUUGAGUAAAGUGAUGAACAUCCAUGGGAUACAUUAUAAAUUAGGCUCUAAUGUGCUUCAAACUCCAUUGAACUUGGUUACUGGCUUUUCUUGAUCUUAACCAGGUGAUGCAUCGUUCUUAAACUCUCGAGAAGAAUCGCUGGGAGAUGAAGGUUUUGAUGUAUGCGUAGGGAAUGUGCGUGGAACACGAUGGAGUCAUGGACACACAUCUUUAUCAGAAGAGACAGAAAUGAUGCGCUGCAUAACCUCGACGACAAGCUCCAAAGUCUUUGUUGUUGGACAUUCACAGGGAACAAUCAUGUCUUUAGCUGCUCUCACCCAGCCGGACACAGCAGAACUGGUUGAAUCUGCCUGGUCUUUUCUGUCCAAUAUCAUACUUGGAGCAUAUCACUUCUAAAUUUGCACUUAGAAUGGUCAAGAUAUAUGUUGAUCAGGUUUUCCUUAUCUUCUUCAAAGUAUACCGCAUGAUUGGCUUCUCUAAUAGAAUUGAUGCAUCUGUUCGUCUUUUCAGAUGAUUCUUUUUACUCAAUGUUAUGAGCUUUAAGUGGUAGUAAUUUUGUUAUCUUCUGUACAUUAUGUGUGGUGAAUGGAGCAUCAACUUUUUGGAUUCAAUAUGUGAUGGCCAUGUUGACUACUCGGAGUGGUUGUAUAUGAUUUUGCUUUUAAUCGACGGGUUUAGGUCCCAUGUCCUCCCGUUGUAUGUUUUUCUUCUAGUAAUAUAAUAUGGGCGUGAGGGCCUAGCCCCCCAGCUUCGACUGGUUUCCAGCCCUCUUU